UCACAAGCAGAGCGUGGGUCUAUUCUUAGAGCGAGUCUACGGGAUAGAGACGCAAGAACUCUUCUAUCGACUGCUAGAAGAAGCUUUCCUGCCUGACCUGAGGGCAGCCACUAUGCUGGACAGGAACGACGGCUGCGAAUCGGAUAUGGCUUUAUCGAUGAAUCGUUACAUCGGCAACUCGAUCCUGCCGCUGCUGAUCAAGCACGCCAACUUCUACAACGAAGCCGAGAACUACGCCAGUCUGUUGGACGCUACGUUACACACUGUAUAUCGGCUAUCCAAAAACCGUAUGCUAACCAAAGGCCAGCGUGAGGCGGUGUCGGACUUCUUAGUGGCGCUGACGUCAGCGAUGCAGCCGUCUAUGCUGUUGAAACUGCUGAGGAAACUCACUGUGGAUGUCUCCCGGCUGUCCGAGUAUACCACUGUAGCUUUAAGGCUGCUAACCCUCCACUACGAACGUUGCGCCAAAUACUACGGCAGCACAGGAGGACAGGGAAUCUACGGCGCCUCUUCAGACGAAGAGAAGCGGCUGACCAUGAUGCUGUUCUCAAACAUCUUCGACUCGCUCAGCAAGAUGGACUACGAACCGGAGCUGUUUGGGAAGGCUCUGCCGUGUCUCAUUGCUAUUGGAUGUGCGUUGCCACCUGACUACUCACUAUCUAAAAACUACGACGAUGAGUUCUAUGGAAAAGAAACACAGGCCACUGGUGGUCCCGACAACCCCCAAUACGACCCUCAGCCCAUCAACACGUCAUCGGUGGCUCUCAACAAUGAUCUCAACACCAUCGUCCAGAAGUUCUCGGAACACUACCACGACGCUUGGGCUUCCAGGAAAAUCGAAAACGGUUGGGUGUACGGCGAGUCGUGGUCCGACAGUCAAAAGGCGCAUCCUCGCUUGAAGCCGUACAACAUGCUAAAUGACUAUGAGAAGGAGCGCUACAAAGAACCAGUGCGUGAGUCCCUCAAGGCUCUGCUAGCCAUCGGCUGGUCGGUGGAACAUUCAGAAGUGGACAUUCCUAGCACCAACCGCAGUUCUAUGAGGAGGCAGUCAAAGUCUGGAGGCCGCCCGCCAGACAUAGUGACGGACUCAGCAACUCCGUUCAACUACAACCCUCACCCGGUCGAUAUGACCAAUCUGACGCUGUCAAGAGAGAUGCAGAACAUGGCUGAACGACUGGCCGAGAACGCUCACGACAUCUGGGCGAAGAAGAAAAAGGAAGAACUGGUCACCAAUGGUGGUGGCAUCCACCCUCAACUAGUCCCAUACGACCUUCUAACCGACAAAGAAAAGAAAAAGGACCGAGAACGUUCCCAAGAGUUCCUCAAGUACCUACAAUACCAGGGCUACAAGCUUCACAGGCCCAGCAAAUCGUCGCCCAGCGACACAGAACAGACCACUACUGGGGUGGCAAUAGAGCUCAGAUUCGCUUACUCGUUGCUGGAGAAAUUGAUUCAGUAUAUAGACAGAGCUACGAUCAAUAUGAAGCUGUUGAAACCGUCCACUACGUUUAGUAGAAGAAGCAGUUUUAAGACUAGCACGAGGGAUAUUAAGUUCUUUUCAAAGGUGGUCUUGCCCCUAAUGGAGAAAUAUUUCUCGACACACCGCAACUACUUCAUAGCGGUGGCGACGGCGACCAACAACGUCGGUGCGGCAAGUUUGAAAGAGAAAGAAAUGGUUGCAGCUCUCUUCUGCAAGCUGGCUAGCUUGCUGAGGUCGAGAUUGGCAGCCUUCGGGCCGGACGUCCGGAUCACCGUCCGCUGUCUCCAAGUGCUAGUGAAGGGCAUCGACGCCAAGUCUCUGGUGAAGAACUGUCCGGAGUUUAUCCGGACAUCCAUGUUGACGUUCUUCAACAAUGUCGCUGAUGAUUUGGGGCAUACCAUACUCAACUUGCAGGAGGGGAAAUACGCCCAUCUUAGAGGCACUCACCUGAAGACUUCAACCUCACUUGGCUACAUCAACGGCGUGGUCCUGCCCAUCCUCACGGCCAAGUUCGACCAUCUGGCCAACUGCGAGUAUGGAGCUGAUCUGCUUUUGGACGAGAUUCAAGUGGCCUCGUACAAGAUGCUGGGAUCGUUAUAUGCCCUGGGAACUGAUGCUACUCUCACCCACGACCGCAAGUACCUCAAGACUGAAAUCGAGAGGAACAAGCCUGCUCUGGGCUCCUGCUUAGGAGCGUUCAGCUCGACGUUCCCCGUCGCAUUCUUGGAGCCGCAUCUCAACAAGCACAAUCAGUUCUCACUGCUCAACCGCAUCGCUGACCAUUCGCUGGAAGCUCAAGACAUCAUGGCCAAAAUGGAGCAAUCCAUGCCCACAUUAGAGACAAUCCUAAGCGAGGUGGACCAGUUCGUGGAGUCAGACAAGACCUACAACGAGGCUCCCCACAUUAUAGACGUGGUGUUGCCAUUACUGUGCUCGUAUCUACCAUUUUGGUGGGCGCAGGGACCGGACAACGUCACCCCUACUGGCGGAAACCACGUCACAAUGGUGACAGCAGAACAUAUGAACCAACUGCUCAAGAACGUUCUGAAACUCAUCAAGAAGAACAUCGGCAACGAGAGCGCGCCAUGGAUGACUCGCAUCGCGACGUAUACCCAGCAGAUCAUCAUCAACAGUUCUGAGGAGUUGUUGAGGGAUUCCUUCCUGCCUCUCGCUGAAAGAGUCAGGAAGAGGACCGAUACUAUGUUCCAUAAGGAGGAGAGCUUGCGAGGGUUCAUCAAGUCUUCAACCGACGACACAUCCCAAGUGGAGUCCCAAAUCCAGGAAGACUGGCAGCUGUUGGUCCGCGAUAUCUACUCCUUCUACCCUCUGCUCAUCAAGUACGUUGACCUGCAGAGAAACCAUUGGCUGAGGAAUAACGUUCCAGAGGCUGAAGAAUUAUACAACCACGUAGCAGAAAUAUUUAACAUCUGGUCGAAAUCGCAAUACUUCCUCAAGGAGGAGCAGAACUUCAUUUCUGCCAACGAAAUCGACAACAUGGUGCUGAUUAUGCCCACAGCGACUAGACGGGUGACAACAGUUGUAGAGGGCGCGCCGCAAGGUGGCGGUAAAAAGAAGAAGAAACAUCGUGACAAGAAGAGGGACAAGGACAAGGAAGUGCAAGCGUCUCUCAUGGUGGCGUGUCUGAAGAGACUGCUGCCAGUCGGACUGAAUCUCUUCGCUGGCAGGGAGCAGGAGUUGGUGCAGCACUGCAAGGACCGCUUCUUGAAGAUAAAUAUCGGAAAAUCCAAACAAGUAAAACCAGCGUAA